AUGAACAAUACCAUUAAUGGAACGCUCGUCCGACAGCUCGUCUCGGGUCUUGACGAAAUACCUCUAAUGGAUAUUCACUGGCUAAUCUACGUUGCCUUUGGCGCUUGGCUAUGCUCAUAUGUCAUCCACGUCCUUUCAUCCCCUUCUACAGUCAAAGUGCCCUUUGUAGGCUACCGAAGCGUCUUUGAGCCUACAUGGUUCCUUCGUUUACGCUUCGUCUGGGAAGGGGGAUCUAUUAUCAGUCAAGGCUACAACAAAUUCAAAGACUCGAUCUUCCAGGUGCGAAAGCUUGGUACGGAUAUCGUCAUCAUACCGCCAAACUACAUCGAUGAAGUCCGAAAGCUCUCUCAGGACAAGACUCGCUCGGUAGAGCCCUUCAUCAAUGACUUUGCUGGCGAUUACACGCGAGGCAUGGUGUUUCUGCAAAGUGAUCUGCAGAACCGUGUGAUUCAGCAGCGGUUGACGCCGAAGCUCGUGUCGUUGACGAAGGUGAUGAAGGUGGAGCUUGACUAUGCGUUGACUAAAGAGAUGCCGGAUAUGAAAGAUGACGAAUGGGUCGAAGUCGAUAUUGCUUCCAUCAUGGUCAGGCUCAUAUCACGCAUCUCAGCCAGAGUGUUUCUCGGUCCAGAGCACUGUCGCAAUCAGGAAUGGUUGACGACCACAGCAGAGUAUAGCGAGAGCCUCUUCAUAACAGGUUUCAUCCUUCGCGCUGUUCCCCAUGUCCUGAGACCUUUCGUAGCUCCCUUGCUACCAUCUUACAGAACACUUCUUCGCAACGUGUCAUCAGGUCGUAGAGUCAUAGCCGACAUCAUUCGCUCCCAGCAAGGUAGUGAGAACGAGGACAUACUCUCGUGGAUGGUAGAAGCUGCGACUGGGGAGGAGAAACAGGUUGACAACAUUGCUCAGCGAAUGCUUAUCCUGAGUCUCGCUUCUAUUCACACUACUGCAAUGACGAUGACGCAUGCUAUGUAUGACUUGUGUGCUCGCCCUGAGUAUAUAGAGCCUCUUAGAGAGGAGGUCAAAGGCGUUGUUGGGGCUAGUGGGUGGGACAAGACGGCGCUGAAUCGACUUCACAAACUCGACAGUUUCCUCAAAGAGUCGCAACGCUUCAACCCCGUGUUUCUCUUAACAUUCAAUCGCAUCUACCACCAACCAAUAACACUCUCAGACGGCACGAAUCUCCCGUCAGGCACUCGCAUCGCAGUCCCUUCCCACGCUAUGCUUCAGGACUCAGCGCAUGUCCCAGGGCCAGCACCACCAAACGAGUUUGAUGGGUUCAGAUACUCAAAUAUUCGCUCAGACUCGAGUUAUGCACAGAAAUAUCUCUUCUCCAUGACUGAUUCUAGUAACAUGGCGUUUGGGUAUGAAUACAUCACUGUGACAUUUGAGUAG